CUGGUUUGCCAAGCUCCGCUCCAGUGGCAGCGAAGGAAGUCAAGAGAGCGGAGGGGAGGAACGCGGCACGCAGUGGCUGCAGGGGCUCGGGGCGGGCAGGCAGGCGGGCGAGCGGGCGAGCGAGGAGCGUGGCGGCGGAGCCCGGGGGUGCCUGAGAGCCGCGGCCCUGGCGUGCGGUCCGCCGGGCGUGCGGGCGGGCCGGCGGCAUGGGGGAGCGUCCCGCUCGGCCCGAGCCCUAGAGGCGGCCGCGGCGGCCCGGCGCUGAGGCAAGAGGCGGCCGCCUGGCGGAGGGGGGCCGGGGCCCGCCCGGCUUCCAGAGCAUGCCGUGAUGGCUGCGGAGAAGACACUGCAGGAAUACGGGGUGCUUUGCAUUCAAGAAUACAGGAAAAGCAGCAAAGUGGAGUCAGGUGCACGGAACAGCCUCAUGGGCCUGAAGGACCACCUGAGGCAUGACCUUGGGCACCUGUACAUGGAGAGCGCUGACCCGCAGGUCAGUGCGGCUGUGCCUUGGCCUGCGGCAGAGAAAGCAGCGAUGGAUACAGUCAGUGCAGGGAAGGAAGGAAAGGGGGUGUCUGAAGAGAACGUGAGCUCCAGCGACUCUGAGGAAAGCACCAGUUCUGACCAUGAGUCAGAACGACUGAGUAGCCUUUCGGUAGAGCCAUGCUUAUCAGCUAAGACUCACAGACAGUUAUGUCGCUCUCCCUGCUUAGAGCCUCACCUGCACAGUGACAUUUUGCAAGACUUUAAACCAGAAGAGUCCCAGACUCCAUCCAAGGAAGUAAAGAAACCCCCUGAUGUGGUUCGAGAAUACCAAACAAAACUGGAGUUUGCACUUAAGUUAGGUUAUUCUGAAGAACAGGUCCAGCUUGUGCUAAACAAACUUGGUACGGAUGCUUUAAUCAAUGAUAUAUUGGGAGAGCUUGUCAAACUUGGAAAUAAAAGUGAAGCUGAUCAGACCCUUAGUGCUAGUAACAGCGUAGUGCGAGAAACGUCAUCCCUGGACUCUCAGAGGUCGGAGUCUCCAAUGCAAGAGAUUGUAAUAGAUGAUGGUGAAAAUCUGAGACCAGUAGUUAUUGAUGGCAGUAAUGUGGCAAUGAGCCAUGGAAACAAAGAAGUAUUCUCAUGUCGAGGAAUAAAAUUGGCAGUGGAUUGGUUUUUGGAAAGAGGCCACAAAGAUAUCACGGUCUUUGUUCCUGCUUGGAGAAAAGAGCAGUCCCGACCUGACGCCCUUAUCACAGAUCAGGAAAUUUUACGUAAACUAGAGAAGGAAAAAAUCCUGGUAUUCACACCAUCACGGCGUGUCCAAGGCAGGCGAGUGGUGUGCUAUGACGACAGGUUCAUCGUGAAGCUGGCUUUUGAGUCUGAUGGUAUAAUUGUGUCCAAUGAUAACUACAGAGAUUUGGCAAAUGAAAAACCAGAAUGGAAGAAAUUCAUAGAUGAACGGCUAUUGAUGUAUUCUUUUGUCAAUGACAAAUUCAUGCCCCCAGAUGACCCUCUUGGCAGACAUGGCCCAAGUCUGGAUAAUUUUCUGAGGAAGAAACCCAUUGUUCCUGAGCACAAAAAGCAGCCCUGCCCCUAUGGAAAGAAGUGUACGUACGGACACAAGUGCAAAUAUUACCACCCAGAGAGAGGGAGUCAGCCUCAGCGGUCAGUGGCUGAUGAACUUCGUGCCAUGUCUAGAAACACAGCAGCCAAAACUACAAAUGAAGGGGGACUGGUAAAAAGCAACAGUGUUCCUUGCAGCACCAAGGCUGACAGCACUUCAGAUGUUAAACGAGGUGCUCCAAAGAGGCAGUCAGACCCAAGCAUAAGGACUCACGCCUACCAAGACAUAGAGGAGACGCUUCCCACCAAAAACAAGUUGGAAACCAGGUCUGUACCUUCCUUAGUUAGUAUCCCAGCCACUUCUACUGCAAAACCCCAAAGCACUACAUCUUUAAGCAAUGGCCUUCCAUCUGGAGUUCAUUUCCCACCUCAGGAUCAAAGACCACAGGGACAGUACCCUCCAAUGAUGAUGGCAACCAAAAAUCAUGGCGCGCCAAUGCCUUAUGAACAGUAUCCAAAAUGUGACUCCCCUGUGGACGUUGGAUAUUAUUCCAUGUUGAAUGCAUAUUCUAAUCUGAGUAUCUCAGGCCCCCGAAGUCCUGAAAGGCGUUUCUCAUUAGACACUGAUUAUAGAGUAAACUCUGUAGCUUCAGACUGCAGCAGUGAAGGGAGCAUGAGCUGUGGGAGCAGCGACUCCUAUGUGGGGUACAAUGACCGCUCCUAUGUCAGCUCUCCUGACCCACAGCUGGAAGAGAGUCUCAAGUGUCAGCACAUGCACCCUCACGGCCGCCUUAACUCCCAGCCCUUCCUGCAGAAUUUCCACGAUCCCUUAACCAGAGUUCAGAGUUACAGUCAUGAAGAACCAAAGUUCCAUCACAAGCGUCCUCUUCCACACUUGGCUAUGCAUCUGCAGCACCCUGCCGUGGGGGCCCGCUCCAGCUGCCCUGGUGAGUACCCCUCUCCACCAAGCACGGCACACUCUAAGGCACCACACCUAGGAAGGUCCUUAGUGGCCACCAGAAUAGACAGCAUCUCUGACUCUCGACUCUAUGAUAGUUCUCCUUCAAGACAAAGAAAGCCUUAUUCUCGCCAGGAAGGCCUUGGAAGCUGGGAUAGGCCAAGCUAUGGGGUGGAUGCAUAUGGCUAUCGGCAGACUUACUCCUUACCAGAUAACUCCACACCCCCGUGCUAUGAGCCGAUCACCUUCCAGAGCCUGCCCGAGCAGCAGGAACCUACCUGGAGAAUCCCCUACUGUGGAAUGCCACAUGAUCCUCCGAGGUACCAGGACAACCGAGAGAAGAUUUAUAUCAAUUUGUGCAACAUCUUCCCCCCUGACCUUGUGAGGCUCGUCAUGAAAAGGAAUCCUCACAUGACGGAUGCCCAGCAGCUCGCUGCAGCCAUCUUAGUGGAGAAAUCGCAGCUGGGCUAUUGAAAGGAUGAUGCAUCUUUGUGGUGUUGAGUAGUGUUUUGUUCAGCUCAGUUGCUGAGGGAGGUUUGCUACAAUAGCACAUGUGAUCUCCUUCUCAGCAGGGAGGUUAUAUAGUAUCCAUUUAUGUGAAAUACUGUAUCAUGGAAUCUGUAUGGAACCCCACCUGGUGGACCUAUCACGGGAUUGCUUUACAUUCAAACUUUUUUUUUUUUUU